AUGGCUCCCUCACGCCAGCUUCUUCCAUUACUCAGCUCACUCGGUAGCUUCCGAUGGACGCUUAUCCGCACCUUGCGCAGCGACAACCCCCUUGACCUGAACGGGGAGUUGCGCGGCACAGCGACCUUUACCCUGUUGCCCGCGACCACCGAGCGCGAUUGGCUCUACAGCGAAGAAGGCGAGAUCCCUUCGGCAGUCACGGGAGGCGCUGCGCUACCGGGUCUGCGAUGGACGAAAAAGUACAUCUGGCGAGAGUCGGUAGAUGCAGGGCGAAUCAGUGUCUGGUUCGUCAAGGUUACGCCGGGACCCGAGGAGGCGGAUUACCUUUUUCACAACUUUGAUUUUCCAAACGAUAUACGCCAGGGGAAUAACUCCAAUCAACCGGAUGGUCCACUCGCAGAGGACUUGGGUCAAAGCACGCUGGAUGAAGGGAAUAAGGAUGACGAGGAGUUGGUCACUCCUCCCACUCCACCCAACAGCGCACUCGACGACACUGAGACUACAGUCUUGACAGCUCAGGGCAAUCAUCUUUGUAUCAAUGAUAUGUAUCGCACGGCGUAUGCCUUUCGGAUUCUAUCGAAAACGGGCGAGGUAGUGAGCUGGGCCAGCCGUCAUGUGGUCAAGGGUCCCAAAAAGAAUCAGGACAUUGUCAAUCGAUACGAAAGAGCUUGA